GAGCCGAGAAACAAGAGCAGCUUGUCUUUGUACGGAGACCGUAGCGUGACAAGGUGCGAGAUAACAGCUCGUCGCUGUUAUUUAGCCUUGAAAUCUCAAUGAACUGUUUGCGAAGACAGCACUGAUCCUGCCUGCAGCUUUUUGCAGGGCAAAGGCACAGAUCAGUGUUUCAAGAUCACAUUUGAUCUUCAUUUUCAUAGUUUCAUUAUCAUUUUUUUAAAAACUAUUUCUUACGACAAUGGUGCUAGGAAAGGUAAAGAGCUUCACUGUAAGCUAUGACUGUCUGAAUGACAGUAACAUCCCCCUCUUUUCAAGCGGGGACUCGGUCUCAGGAAGGGUGAUUAUUGAAGUCACAGGAGAAAUCCGCGUGAAAUCUCUCAAAAUUCACGCUAAAGGAUUUGCAAAAGUUCGUUGGACUGAAUCACGAAAUGCUGGAUCCAACACUGCCUAUACUCAAAAUUACACUGAAGAAGUGGAAUACUUAAACCAUAGGGACAUCUUAAUUGGACACGAACGAGAUGAGGAUAACUCAGAAGAAAGUCUCACCACUAUCCAUUCAGGAAGACACGAGUAUGCAUUUAGUUUUGAGCUUCCACAAACACCUCUGGCUACCUCCUUCGAAGGCAAACAUGGCAGCGUGCGGUACUGGGUAAAAGCAGAACUGCACCGGCCUUGGCUCCUUCCCAUGAAAGUCAAGAAAGAAUUUACAGUCUUUGAACACAUUGACAUCAACACUCCGUUACUGCUGGCACCCCAGGCAGGCACGAAAGAGAAGACUUUGUGCUGCUGGUUCUGCACCUCAGGCCCAAUUUCCCUAAGUGCCAAAAUUGAAAGGAAGGGCUACACACCAGGAGAGUCGAUUCAGAUCUUCGCGGAGAUCGAGAACUGCUCCUCCCGCGUGGUCGUGCCAAAGGCAGCCGUUUACCAAACACAGACCUUCUACGCCAAAGGCAAGAUGAAGGAGGUCAAGCAGCUGGUGGCCAACCUGCGGGGGGAGUCCCUCUCCUCCGGCAAGACGGAAACGUGGAGCGGGAAAAUGCUGAAGAUCCCCCCCGUGUCCCCCUCCAUCCUGGACUGCAGCAUCAUCCGAGUGGACUACUCCCUCAUGGUGUACGUGGACAUCCCGGGAGCGGUGAACAUGUCCCUCAGCCUGCCCCUGGUCAUCGGCACCAUCCCGCUCCACCCGUUCGGCAGCCGCACCUCCUCCGUCAGCAGCCAGUGCAGCAUGACCAUGAGCUGGCUGGGCAUGGCCCUGCCGGAGAGGCCCGAAGCACCGCCAAGCUAUGCAGACAUCGUCACGGAGGAGCGGAGGCUGGAGGCGCCCGUUACCCGGGAUGAGUUCGAGGGGACGCUCUUCGCCUACAUCCAGGAGUUCCGUUUCCAGCCUCCACCGCUCUAUUCCGAGAUCGAUCCGAACCCAGACCGGGCAAACGGAACGGAGGAGGGACGGCCGGACACCUGUCCAUCACGCUGAAGGCACCGAGGCCCCACCCAGAGCAGUUGGGCUCCUUGCUUCAGAUGUUUUUGUACUGCUUUUCUUCCCUCCACGUCACUGUGGACGAGAGAAAAAUGUAUAAACGCCAAAAGGUGACAAAGAGGAGGAACGUCCUCUUCUCCCCUAUCCCCUCGCUCCCAAAAACCCCCACCCUCCAGAGACAUGCAGGAUGUACGAGGCUGUUCCGUUCCUGUCGGAUAGGUUGGGCAGACGCGAAUCCCGCCACCAGGAAGCCCAGCGGUCGGCCCCGGCCCGAAGAGAUGGCGCACUUCUGGCCCAAAGUUGUUGUUUUUUUCCCAUUUCUUUCAAUAUCUAUGGCACAUAAGUGACUCUGUAACGGAGCCAAACAGUCUGAAAAUACCAAGCCGGGGGAAAAAAAAGCGGAUGGGGGAAAAAAAAGAGGAUGACGUUGUUGUAACACACCUCUGUGGCUCUUAGCGACGGCCGUCGGUGAUGGACAAGAGCCUUGUCUCCCACUGCGUGUUGAGUUUUGCACAUUUUAUUUGUUUCUUGUGUCGCGUUUUUGUAAACACUACUUUUUUUUUUUCCUUUCUUCUUCACGACUUGCAUAUGGUGGACUAAGAAUGCAGUCCGUGCUCUGAUAUUCCUUACCCGCACAACUCUACGAACAACGCAGGUGACCGAAUCCAAGAAGAUACGACAGCUCGGAGGCUAUAUAUGAACCCCUUGCAAAGCUGUUCAGAUGCUCUCUUUUUUUUCUUCUUCUUCUUCUUCGUUGUGCCAUUUUCUUAGACUGGCAAGCCUGGUGCCUGUAGAACACGUUCUGCUGUCACUCUGGGCUCUUGGCUCAUUAAAGCAGAUUUGAGUGUGGCUUCCUUUUAUAUGUUCAAACAGAAGUUGCCUUCUCGCCAACUGUCCUUUUCAUUGUGUUCGCAUGCGUCGCACAGCGUCUGCAGGACAGCAGCCACGCAAGAAACCUGCUAAACGGGGAAUGUGCUGAGCGAGCGAGAGGUUGAGAGAGAGAGAGAGAGAGAGAGAGAGAGAGCGGGUAUAGAAAUAUGCUCUACACACUCUGUUACUCUUUGCCUUUGUACUUAAUGCCACAGAGAAGCGCUUUUGUCACUCACUGCCUAAAAAAAAAAAGCACUCUAUCUCAGGUGCCCACCCCCCCUCUCAUUUGCCAAAACGGUCGGGAGUUAAACUCGUCUUUAUUCCACUUGUUGUUGCACUGUUUGAAAAUGGCAAAAAAAAAAAAGGCGAACCGACUGGGGGGGGAGGGGGGGGGAGGGGGACGCGCACAGAAACGCAAGGCAGCUUUCAAUGACGAACGACAUUCCCUUUUUGUCCCACUGCUCAAGUCUGUCAAAGUCAGAUAUGUGUUUGCGUGUGUGUGUGAGAGAGAGAGAGAGAGAGAGAAGGAGAGAGAAAGACCUCUGCCAAAGACGAUGCAAGGGUCUGAACUGGCCAGCUAAACAGAGAUGGAGUGAUAGAGCACAGAGAGAAACCCCUAGUCAGGCCCUGCAGAACGAGGAAGCCAUUUGAAUGAGUGAUACAUUAGUUUCCAAACUCAUUCUAUCACUGAGCAGCGAGCGGGUGCAUGUGCCAGACCUUUCACCACGAUUAGCACUUUUUCAUUAUACUAAUGGUGAGAGUCUGGGGAAUAAAAAUGAUAGUUAUAGAAAGCCGAGCAAAAAAAAUAUAAAUAACAUCUUAAGCAGGGUUGAAAAAUACAUUUAUUACCCAGGGAAAAUAUAGAUGAAGAAUAGUAUGGGUUUAAAAAGAGAAAGUUUACAGUCACGCGUGUGUGUGAGUGUGUGUUUAUGUGUGUGUGUUGCUGAGAGCCAGCAAACUGAUAGGAUCGCAUUGCGUUUAACAGCCAGUGGACAUGUUAAAAUGUGAUCUUGCCAUAGUGGCCUUGACAAAGCAACAGCUGAUAUAAUUAUUGCUUUGUAACCAGAGCUUAAAACCAUUUGUGGCCAAGCUUGGUUUUUGUUCAGCUCUCUCUUUGUAUGAGAUGUGUAUGACUUGUAUUUCUUUUCUUUUCAUUGAGGCAAAAAGGGAAGAGCAAUUGUCAUUCAAAACAAGACUUUGAAAAUAAUAACCCCUGAGCGAGUGUUUUCUGUAUUUUGUUUUCCCUAAUGACUGGGAGAAGUAACCUCCCCAUGGGCAUACGUGCUUUGCUUUCUGGUCAGAUAAUAGUGUAGGGAACAAUGUCUCUCUCUCUCACCUCCAGAGAAUGCAGAAGUCAGUUAAAGGAUUUGCUUAAAUGUUUAAUUUCUGUUCUGAGAAAAUGUUACUAAUGAAUGGUGGCACUGACUUUUUUAUUUCUGUUUCGUUUGACUUUUUUGACUUGUGGUUGUUAAGCUCUGAAAUUGAACUUUAAAACUGGGAAAAAUAUAUAUUUACAUACUCUAUUUCAUAUCUGUCAUUUCCAUAGUUCAUAACCUGGACUAAUGUUAUUCAAAGUUAAAGCUAAUUUCCUGAUAUGCACACCAGGAAUGACAAUGUUUUCAAUUGGAGUGGGGAUUGGAAACAUUUGAAAAACAAGGUGCAAUAUUGUUUGAGUUUGAAAGAAAAUUAUUUUGUAUUUUUAGUCUGUUGGUUUCUAAAGUUUCCCAUUAUUUUUCAUUUAUGUUGUAUUUUUUUAGUUGGAUGUUGACUGCAUAGGUUCUGUUACGUUAUGAGUACAUGUUCCUUGAAUCAAAUAAACAAGGUUUUUUUUGUUAAACAA